UGUCAAUUACGAUACAUGUCUAAACAAUUUCAGGUCACAUUAGACAACACAAAGGCUGCGGGCAGAAAACAAGAAAGCAGCAACAAGGCCGUGCAAGGACUGAAUGAACUUGCAGACACUAGCAAAGAUAUAAAGGAGAGAAUUCUUGACCAGCAACAUGAAAAUAGGAAGUUUGACGUAACAAUUGACAUUCCUGAAGAAAAAAGGACAAUAGAAACGAGUAAAAGGACAUCAAGUAGGAUAUUUGAACAACUGCUUCUAGAUCAUGAUUUGGUCAAAACAAUGCAACAUAGUGGGAAAGAAACAAGCAUAUCAAUCAAAGAACCACCUGAAGCUAUAGAUCUAUUUUUCCAUGAGACAAUCAAGAUCUGGUUAAGCCUACAGGAUGCAACUAAUAAAAAUGAUGGUGAAUACACUAUUUUCAGAGUACCUGACAUUAUCAGGUUAAGUUAUAGUAGAGCUUCUGAACCAAUGAUUGUUCCAAUAGGUCCGUACCACCAUGUACAUAAGAGGUUAGCAUUCAGAGAAAUGGAAAAACACAAACCAGACUGCAUAACUUAUUUGCUAUCACUAGCUCCACGUGAAGAGGAAGAAGGUGAACUAAGGAAAAAAUGUUUCACUGUACUAGAGGAUUUAGAGAGCAAGGGACGGAGCUGCUACUCAGAUAACACCCGCCUAAUGGAAAGUGAACACUUCACCGAGAUGCUGCUGCGUGAUGGUUGCUUUAUCAUUUAUCUUCUGCUCAGUCAGGAGAUAGACAACAGAGAACAGACAAAUGAGAGUGGAAAAUCAAUCAGCUCGGUAGAUAAAAUAAGAAGGCCAAUUAUUGAUACACAAAAGCUAAAUGAUAUCAAGUUAGACCUGCUUAAGCUAGAGAACCAGAUACCAUUUUUUAUCAUUCAGACUCUCUUUGAAUUUAUCAAGCCUGAUUUGCCCCCUUCUUCCCUUAUCGAUCUAGCCCUCAAAUUUUUUGAUGAUCUUCUUCCAUCAAAACCCAAAAACAUACAGAAGCCACAGGUAGAUGAAGUCCAUCAUCUCUUACAUCUGGUACACAUGUCACUUGUUCCCUCAACCAUUCACCAAAUGCUUAGUUCUGAAAGUUGGGAACCAGACUUACCUUCUAUAAUUGAUGCACCAACCUGGAUACCAAGUGCAAAAGAGCUGCAACAAUCUGGUGUCAAAUUUAGAGGGAACAAGGAUUUAGGUAGCAUUUUGGAAAUCAAGUUCCAUGAAGGGACCAUGGAGAUGCCUAUCUUACAACUUUAUAACUCAACGGCAGUUCUAAUUUCCAAUCUUGUUGCAUUUGAGUACUGCUACACAAAUGCAGGAGCACACAUUACAUCCUAUGUUACAUUCCUUAGUUGUCUUAUGCAUGGAGAGGAAGAUGUGAGACUGCUUCACUUAAAUGGGGUUGUUAUUAACAAGAUGAGCACUGACAAGAAGGUUGCUGAAUUUUUUAGCAGGAUUUGCCCUCAAGGCCCCAUUGCUUCAAAACCAAAUCACCUAGGCAACCUGUUCCUGAAAGUAAAGGAUCAUCACACGCGCAAAAAGAAUAUAUGGAUGGAAGAAGCAAAAAGGAAAUACUGCAGCAGCCCAUGCGUGACUUUAUCAUUGGUUGGCGGAUUAUGCCUUCUUAUGUUAACUUUUCUGCAGACUUCAUUCACAAUCAUACAGACAAUUCACGACUUGAGAAAGUGAAAGAGGUAAGUCCUUUUCUCUUGAGAAAAUUGGUAGAUUAUAAAUUAUAAUGGUUUUUCUUUUUGUAUUUACUCAAUAUUUACAAUUGAUCCAGGACCAGGACACUCAAAUGUCGUAUAUAAUAUAGUAACACAAUCACACAGAGAAUAAGGGAAGGUGUGGAUCAGCUAAAA